AUGGCGACAAGCAGUUCUGAUGGUUCUAGUACAGCUCCAGCUGAUUUUCAACUAUCAUCGGAACUUGAAGAAGUAUCCGAUCGUUUAAAUAAUAAUUUAUUAAAGUGUCCAUUGUGUUGUAACAAUCGACGUACAUUUUAUUGUAAACAGUGUAUUCAAAAUGGUGAUUUUGUACAAUCAACCUCUGUUUACUCUGAACGGUUUGCGGAUAAACAGUUACGGUUGUUACGGUUGAAAGCAACAAGAGCCCAACUUGAAGAAAAAUUGACAAAAACAUUUGAAAAAUAUAAACAAAAAGAUAAAUAUACAUGUGAUAUUAAUAUGGGAAAAGAAAGAAUAAGAUUACUUUAUAUACUGGUUAAUGAGACAAAACAAAGUAUUAAUCGAGGUAAUCAAUGUUUAAAUUAUUUGAAGGAUAGUAAUUCACAAUUGGCAUUAAGACUUCCUCGUCAUGAAGAAAGAGUUGAAAAAUUACAUAAAUAUGUAAUUGGAUUAAAAAUAAAACAAGAAAAACAAAGAGAAUUUGUUGAGAAAAAAAAACAACAUUUAAAAAAAAUUAUAAGAACAGCAGCUAAACAAAUGAUUCAAUAUAUUUUUCCACUUUGUCAAGUUGAAUCAAGUAGAAGUUUGUGUAACAGCGAGGAGGGAAAUACAGAUGUUGUAACAUGCGCAUUGGCUGAUGCAUCAGGGACAUCUUAUGUUCGAGGACGAUGGAUAAGUGAUUCUGAAAAUAGUCUUGAAUCACAUCAUAGAAUUGUUGCUCCAACAUUACCUGGUUCUGGUGACUACAGUGCAUAUUCACUUUGGGUUGCUGCAAAUAGAGAUGGUGUGCCAGGAACAAAUAAAGAAAAUUCAAUGCACAAUCCAGCUUAUAAUAUAAGUGCUGCUUUAACAUAUACAACUCAACUUGUUAAUGUUAUUGCAUAUUAUGUUAAUGUUAAAUUACCAUACAAAUUAUCAUAUGGAGAAUUUUGUGGUAAUGAAAUGUCUGAUCAAAAAUUUGCAAGAAAAGUUGCAAGACUUAAUAGUAAUGUAUUACAUUUGUGUUUUACUCAAAAUACAGAUAUUCAUGUAUUACAUCCAAUGCAUACAUUACAAAAUUUAAUGCACUUGCUCAAUACUGAAAUAAGUGAUUUUGGUAGAAUUGGACCAAUGGAAAUUGAUUCAAAUAUUAUUGAAAAAUUACAUAAUAAAUUAAAUAGUGAUCUUGAAAAUAGUGAUGAUUCAGCAUCUGAUGAAGAAGAAGAUGCUUUUAAUUGGGAAUGGGAAGCUGUACCAAAUGUAUCAUGUCCUGAAAUGAUUGUACCACAUCCUGGUUCAAUAAUAAGUCAACAUUCAUCUAGCAUUAAUGUUAAUCAAAGUGUUGCUGGUGGUCUUGUAACUAGUAUUGCAUCAAUGUGGCGUGGAUGGACAACCAACAGAUGAAUUUUUAUUUUUACAAUAAAUAUUUUAAAUUUAUCAUUAUCAUUAUCAUCAUUAAAAAAAAAAAACAACAACAAGAAAAAGAAACAUAAUUAAUUGUUAAUGUUUUGAAUACUUUUUUUUUUUUUUUUGUCACGUGUGCACGAUAAUCACUUAAUUUUUAUGGAGUAAAAUAUAUUUGUUUAUCGUGCAGUUGUAAUAAAAAAUAUAGAAUUUAUUACAAGUGCAUAAAUAAAAGCUAGACAAUUACAUGAGUCAUUAUCAUUGUCACUUUUCUCUCACACUCGUGUAAUUGUCUCUUCUUUUGUAGAAAAAUAAUGAUUUUAUGCACUUGUAAUAUAUUAUAAUAGAAUUAAAUUUAAAAUAAAUGCCAUAAUUGUUUUUCAAAUAUAGUUUCUUCUUUUUUUUUUUUUUAUUAUUAGUUUUUUAAAAUAUAUAAAACAUAAAUUAAUUCAAAUUUAUUUCGAUAUAUAUUUUUUCAAUUUUUUUAUUUACAAUAAAAUAUAUAAAUUGAUAACUUAAUUUGACAUCAAUGUAUAUUUAAUAAUUAUUUAUAUUUUUUAAAUUUAUCAUAUAGUUUAGAAAUAAUUAGAUAAUUAUUAGUUAAUUAGUUAAUUUAUAAUUUAAUAUCGAGUUUUAUUCGAUUAAAUUAAAAAAUUUUUACAACAAUUAAUUGUAAAUAAUGUUCAAGUAUGUUUAUGUGAUUUUUAAUCAUUUAUUAAACCUUAUUUUGUUUUUUAUACAA